AUGAAGAAGAAGCUCCUUCUUGCCCUGGCAUCACGCCUGCUGCCAACGACCGCGGCACAGGUUUGCACCCCGGAGCCACGGUACGGGGAAAUCUACUCCUACGAAAUCGACAACCAAUCCGCUCUGGAUAGUCUCGCGAGCGAGUGUACAAGCAUCAACGGGAGUGUUGUUAUCGCAUAUAACUAUACUGGGUCUGUCUAUCUGCCGAAUAUCCGAAGUAUCGACGGGGAUCUCGCAUGGUAUCCAGAUUCUUUGGAUCAGGGCUCUAAGACCGAGGAUGUGAAGAUUUUUGACUUGGUGUCUGUUCCAGAUCUUGAGCGCCUUGGCGGCAGGCUGGAUGUUCAGUCGUCGUUUUAUUUCAGAAAUAUUUCGGUCCCGAAAUUGAGUGCAGUCAAUGGGUUUGUUAGUAUACACCACGCCCACGAUGUCGACUUGAGGUCACUUCGGAAGGCAGAGCAAGUGUAUAUCCGUGGGAAUCUCUCUAGUUUACGACUGGAAUCAUUGGAAGAGGUUCCAAAGGAUCUCAAUAUCUGCACCAGGGACGGAUGCAACGGGACUGGCCCUUCACCAUCAUCUAUAGGGUUAUUACUACUAUCGCUGAAGUCGGCAGGCAGUAUAGACUUGAUGGGAACGAUAUCCAACCUUGCUUUGCCAAAACUCACCAGCGUGGGCCCGAACCUAUUUUCUCUCGACUCCGAUCCUGCAAGUUUUGAACUGACGACAGAGGGUGGACGGCCUCUCAACGUCUCAUUCCCAGAGCUGGAUACUGUUGACGGGGCCAUGCAGCUGGGAGGAACCAUCGGGAGCCUCUCAAUGCCGAAGAUAAUCGAUACAAACAUGACAUUGACGGUAGAGACGUCUAGUCCCCUCGCCAUUGAUCUUCCCUUACACCGAAUCCGCGAGCUCGAAUUCCGCGGAAACAUUUCAAGCGUGAACCUGCCCAAUCUCCGCCGCGCCGCCGACGGUAUAUCCAUAUACUCCAACAUACCCCUCGACUGCGAUAAAGUCGAAGCCGAGAUCUUCCCCAACGUAAGCAUCUCAAACGGGUGGCGAAACUGUCGCGUCCUGGAUUCUACAAACGAAGAGCCGAAAUCGGGCGGCCUUAGCACGUCAGCAAAAGUUGGGAUUAGCAUUGGGUGUGGGCUUGCGGGGAUAUUCCUGCUCAGCUUGAUACUGAUUUAUCUCUUGCGUCGUUAUGAGAAGAGGAAGGAGCAGCUUAAGGAUGUUGAGAUGGUGGAGAUUAUGCCGCCGACCUACCAAGCUGCUCAGCAAGAGCAUGCUUCUCCGCCGGAGUAUUCACCUGGGGAGAAUGGGCAUCGUACUAGUCCGCGCGAACGUGAUGGCCGCAUGUCUGGGUGA